AUGUAUCGCCGUCCUCCUGCCAGCGACCGUGGCCGCGGCCGCCGCCGUGGCGCCAUCCAAGGCGGCUUUCGCGGUGGCUUUGCUUUCAACCAUCAUGGUGGUUUCAACGGCAACGGUGGCUUCAGCCAUCUUGGUGGCUUCAGCCACCUCGGUGGUUUCAGCGGCAUGGGUGGCUUCAACCACCCUGGUGGUUUCAACAGCGGCGGUUCCAACCAUCAUGGCGGUUUCAACGGCCGGCGUGGCUCCCACAAUCGUGACGGCCACUUCAACCGCGGGAAUGCGGCCCCUGCCAGCCCUUGCCCUUCAAGUCCUUCGGUUGCUGCGAUGACGUCUUCGGCCCAAGGCUCAAUAAACAUGGAGGGGCGCCCUCAGACAGGCUGCGUGGCGUUUGCCCUUCUCUACGUGGCCUACCAACCUCAAUGGACGGCGAACAACACCAUCUAUGUGGAGUCGCGUCUGCACCUUCUCCCCGGGUACGCCGAGAUGAAGGACCAGCUGUACAGGCAGGUCAAUGUGGCGAGAGCCGGGGAACUGAUGGAGCUCACCAAUUUUGGCGUUUACACCGGCCUCGAGGACGGCUCUGGCGUGGAAAUUCACAACCAGUACGGCAACUCCUACAUGACUAUGCCCGGCGACCGCAAGCCAUCCGAACCCGGCACAGUCGACAUUCCCAGCAUCAAAUACCGCCCUGCCAAGAAAGAGCCCAUUGCAGUCUAUACCAACACCCCCGACAGCCCCGGCUUCUCCUUCCUCGCCUGGUUCACGAUUGAAGAGAUCCAACUGUUCGCCGCCAGGUCCAGUGACUUGGCUCGCGAAAUGCGUGAAAAGAAGUGGGGUGGCGAUAACCGCGCCGACUGGGCUGCCAUCAAGUUGCGGCGGGUCAACAAGCGCAAUUCCUUGUGGCGCCCGGCUCCCAAGGUCAAGCGCCUCGAGGACAAGCCACUGGGUUUGGAGGAGACCAUGGAGAGGGACACCAAGCAGGACACAACCGAGAAGCCCAAAGGGGAAGACAAAGAGGAGACCAAGAAGGAGGAAUUUAAAGAGAACGGAGGCAACUAG